CAAGCUCGACUCCCUUCGGUUUUUGGUGAAAUAGCGAUAUUGCCCUCAGCGGGCACCUCAAUUUCCGAAUCGAGCCCUUCUGCACUGCACCGGCUCUCGUAACCCCCUGGGGCCUGAACUGAGAGUAUGGGGACUGGGAAACGGGUUCGGAUCUUCACCGGCUCCCUCCGGGUCGUUCUCCUCCUUUCAUCCUCGGUUCUCUUCUUCGCGGUCUACUCUGCUGCUGGGAGCACUCUUGAGAUUGCAAAGCCUACUUCAUUGCAGCUGUCCCCUAGCAUACUGGUGGAUAAGUCACCUGGGUCAAGGCCUGGUGUUUCCGUGCUUUGUGAGAGAGUUCAUAUUCAUGGUUUGUCAAGGAUCAAACAUCUGCGCAAAAUGGCUUAUUCUGUAAAAGUUAAAGUUUUUUCUCAAAGUGGCAGUCAUCAGCCCACCAAAUUUGAGGUUUGCUUCCACAGGAAUUCAUCUUUAGGUGUUUGCAAGUGUCCUCAAAGCCAAUGGGAGAAAGUUGGAAAGGGUUCCUGGUCUCGGCCCAUGUCACCCUUUGACGGAAAAAUUUUAGAUAUACGAGUGGGACGCUUAUCUUCAGAUGUUCUCAACACAUUUGAGGUGUCAGUUGAAGAAGAAUUUUUCUUAUACCGGGUGGUACUGCUGUUACUGGGCUUGGUUCUAAUGACAUCGGCAUCAUCGUUGAGCCAGUCAUUGAUCUUCUUCUACAGUAGUGCAAUGGCAGUUGGCAUCAUCCUCGUAAUAUUAGUGGUUCUAUUUCAGGGAAUGAGACUUCUACCGACUGGCCGAAAGAAUUCCCUAGCUAUAUUUAUAUACUCAUCUCUGAUUGGCUUGGGGUCUUUCCUUCUCCACUACUUACCUGGACUUCUUCGUACGAUCCUCGUGGAGAUGGGAAUCAGUGAAGACAUGUACAAUCCUUUGGCUAUGUUCUUGCUGGCUUUUCUCGUUCUUACUGGAGCUUGGCUGGGCUUCUGGGUUGUCCGCAAACUCAUUCUUACAGAAGAUGGCUCUAUUGACAUCGGCACAUCUAAUUUUGUUGCGUGGUCCAUACGAAUUAUCUCUUCUCUCAUGAUUCUUCAGUGUUCUCUUGACCCCAUACUCGCUGCAGAAGCGCUAAUAUUGGGAAUCACUAUCUCAUCACUUCUGGGAAGAGUUGCUCGAUUGAGAUUCUUACGUCGUCUAUACAGGAAGUUGUUAUCUUCCCCGAAAGGUGGCGACAAAAGAUCUAAGAAGGAAUCUCCUAGCUUCCAAGAUCCUUAUGAAGAGAGUGCCCCAUCCAUAAAGUUCUCUCCUAUCUCGAGCAAUUCCUUAUACCGAGGGUAUGAGCAAUCUCCUUCUCAACGGCCCUCAACUCCUGAGCCACUAUUCAGAAGACAAGGCCUCGGGCAAUCUCCUUCUCAACAGCCCUCAACUCCUGAGACCUUCUACUCGACUUUCCACACCACACCUGAAAGGAGACACUAUUCAGAAGACGAGUGGAAAAUGAUCACCCGAGACUGCACCAAGAAAUCCCUGGAAGAGCUCGUGUCUUCUCCCGAGUUCAGCAAGUGGGCGGUCGCUAAUGCGGAAAGAAUCACUUUAGCUCCAAGAAAUGAUAACACAAGAACCAGCUUCUAUGACAGACUCCGCAAAUGGCUGCCAUGGCACUGACUAACAUCUUGACAUUCGCUCUUCGUAAGGCAUGUAAGAUUCCUGAACACGGGCGAGAUUUCAAGUGCCAGAUCUCCAAAGCAGGUUUCGAGAAUACAUGUUGUAGGAAAAUAUCUCGAGCUGUUGUUCUGCGGGAUCGAUGUUUAUAGCUCCCGUGUCUUCAUUUUCUGUGCAGGACAAUGCUCAAUUUAGUGUUAGUUCUUGACCCAGGUGUCUCAUGUUGUACUUUAUUUUAAUUUUGGGUUUUUUUGGGGGUUGGGGGUUUUGUUCUUUAUGUUGUACGGACUAAUGAGCAGGAAAAUCUUUGUCCAGAUUUUUUCUUUUCAUAUAUGACAGUAUUGACCAUUGAGAGGUCCAAAGGUCAGAAAGAGACUGAUAGAUUUCUACACUGC